AUGAUGGAGUCUAAUGAACAGGAGAGUUCCCCUGAACCCAAUAAGUCGUCCACAUCCAAGGGAAUGUUAACCUUCCAGAUUAAAAAUGUGGAUUGUACAAAUCAAAAGGCACCUAGGUCGAGGAAAGGAUGUAUAACAUGUAAAGUCCGGAAGAAGAAAUGUAAUGAAGAGAGACCAAUUUGUAAAGAUUGUUCGAGAUUACAAAAAAGAUGUGUUUGGAUUGAAAAUUCAAUGACCAAGGCUGAAGUGAAAUAUUGGACUGAAAAGGUUGAAGAGGACGAAAAAUCUAGAAAGCUACGAAUUAGAGGUUUAAAGAAAGUAAAGACAGAAAAUAACGAUACAACGAAUCCUACAAAUAACGAUAAUGAAGCACAUACUAAUAAUAAUAUGAUGAAGGGGAAGCUGAAUGACACGAAUGGAAUUCAACCCGGAGAGCCAGAGAUUACGAAAGAACAGGAUGUGAAACUUGACAAUCUUGGACUUUCACCAUUUUCAUAUCAUCCAACAACUCCACCUUCUCCCCUUUCACCAAGAAUGAAUUUACCACCAAUGUCACCAAUAUCAGCAGCAGCAGCGGCGACAACAGCGUUACAUACCUCAACUAAUCAUUCUACAUCUCCUAUGAACUCACCACUGGCCGUGGACAAUAAAUUGUCACCACCUCGAGCAAUUUCACGCAUACAUUCAUUCACUUCUCUAUUAAACCCUGAUUCAAUUCUUGAUCAAAACGAGAAAAAUCUGAACCAUUUUCUCUCCAAACAACACCCAAGUCAACCAAGUUCACCGAACUCAUUUCUUAAUUUCCUAAAGGAUUUGAGCCAUUAUCAACAAACAGAUCAUGAACACAAGAUAACUUUAUUAAAUGACGAUAUGAAUGACGUAGACGAUAUAGAUUCAAUCAAAUCAGAUGAUGAUAUACUUGGUAAAGUACGCCAAUAUGAGAAUAGAAUAGCCAAUUUUGACAAUUCUUCCUUAGAAGAAAGUUUAUCUCCAAGUUUCAAUCAAAUCUUUGCCACCAUGAGUAAUAUGCUUUUACCAGACCCAAUGAAUACCCCAAGUACCAUUCCGGAACUAUCAGGUGCUGGAUAUCAUUUGUACAAUUAUUAUGCUGACACUGUAUCAAAGCUGGUUUCUAUUGCACCAUCAUCACAAGGUUCCAAUUCAUAUCAGAAAGUAUUCUUACCACUAGCACAUCAAGACAAGGGGGUCCUUUAUGGAAUUUUAGCCUGGGCCAGUUUCCAUUUAGGAGGUGAAUGGGCAGAAGAGGGUGCAAAAUAUGUGGAUUUAGCCAUUGAUCAUAUUAGUAAGAUGCUUACUAAUUCUAAAAGAAGACAAGAUGAAGGAGAAGAAGUGUUAAAUUCUGAUCGAAACCUUACAGUGUGUAAAUUAGCAACGUUACUUAUUUUAUGUGGUGCAGAGAUUUGCCGUGGUGAUGUGAAGAAUUGGUCUGUAUAUCUUUCUUGGGGGUGGAAAAUUUUAUCAUCUCAUGGAGGAAUUUUAAAAUUUAAUCAAAGUCAAGAAGAACAUUGGCUUAUUUCAAACUUUGCAUAUCAUGAUCUACUUGCAGCAUCUAAUUCAAAUAGAGGAACAUAUUUCCCCUCAGAACAAUAUGACUUGGUUUUUCAAGACAAGGAAGGAAUAUCUCGAGGUAGACUUAAUCCUUUACUUGGAAUUUCAAAGUCUUUGUAUAAAAUAUUGGGAGAUAUUGGAACUUUAGUAUUUGAAAGUAAAAAAAUCUUGAGAGAUUAUUAUCAAGAUGAUACAAGGCUUGCAGUUUCACCUGAAGAUGAACUUGUAAGUAGAGACGACGAACUUGAUGAAGACAAUGCCUCACAAUCAAGUGCUCACACAAGGAAUGGGAGAUUACUAUUAUCAGUGAUUGAAAGUUCCAAUAAACUAGAAGAUGAAAUAGAUUGUGCCAAACCAAAUACCGAAGAUUUAGUUGAUUUAACAGAUGAAGAAUUAGAAUUACAACUCACAAUGUUUGAAGCAUUUCAAAUCACUGCCAAAUUAUUUAUACGUCAAGCAAUUCGAAAAAUUAAUCCAUCAGCACUUGAAUCACAAAUGUUGGUGAAUGAUUUAAUCAAAUGUUUGGACAUCACUAUUAGUACGUCGGUACAGGCAUCACUUGUGCUUCCAGUGUUCAUGGCAGGUAUCCAUUGUGUGACUCCACGGUCUAGGAAUGCAAUGAGAGAUCGAAUUGAAUUAUAUAGAAGUAGUUAUCGUGCAUCCAACGUUGAAAGAGUUCAAUGCAUAAUGGAAGAAGUAUGGAAAAUCAACCCUGUUGGUGAUAAGGUUGUUGAUUGGUACGCCAUAUUGAAAGAAUUUGAUUGGGAUCUUAAUUUUGCAUAG